UCGGCGUUGCACUUAGUACACGCCGAACGCUCGCGUCGGACCGUUCCCGCCGUUCCGCGCAUGCCGUUGUAACGCGAUAUACCCACCGACCUGUGCGUACAGUCUUUUUUUUUUUUUCCUUCUCGUUUGAAAACCGUUUCACUUACACCGUAUCGUAUUUGUUCGUUCGUUUCGUGUCACAGGCGCGUUUGCUGCGAAACAUCGGAAACGCUCCACGCUACAACCCACGCCCGCAUACACGUAUUGAAUCGCGUGCCGCCGCGAAAAAUAAUAUUAUGGCCGUGUUGGCCGAGAGCCGAGACAACGUGGUCUCCAUAUCGGCCGUCGAAUCGCUGAAAAUGUUGGCGUUUUCCGUGAUUUGGGGCACGUGGAUUGUGAUCAGGAACGCCGUCGUCCGGAUGACCGCCCCGCUGUUGCUGAACAGCGGUCGGAGACGCCGCCGGGUCGACAGCACGUCCGCCGUCAAGUCUGCGGCCGACGGAAAAGGCGACAAGCGGCUGGCCGGCCUGGAACUGACGGAUCGUCCGCCCAAGUGUCUGUUCACCACGGUAUACGGUAUCCACUCGUACGUCAAAAUCAAGGUGACAAAAAUAUAAUAUACAACAUGCCUAUUCGAGAUUUAAAUGUACAUAGGUAUGCAUUAUAUUAUGUCCAUGCGUACCCACCAUGCUUAAAAUGUAAACGUAUAAAUCGGAUAUUUUUAUCUUCGAUGUUUAUAUUUGUAUGUUUUAGACAAUUUGAUUAAAUUUGCUAGGAAAAGAUUUGUGCGCGUAUGACCUUUGGUUGCUGGAAGUUGUUGCCCGCCAUUGUAACGUUGCAAUAUUUUGUCUUAUACCUGUUCAAAUUUUUAAAAACAAAUAAAAUUAUUUAUUUAGGUAUUACGACAAAUAAUAUUAUUGGUGUAUUGUAGAUGCUUUAUUGGUGCCAUUAUAACUUAUAGUACCAUAAAUAAGAUAAAAAUAAAACGCAAUACGGUUUGUGUUACUCGAAUUGCCAAAAUUCGUAUGUCACCCAAAAACCCAUUCAAUUCAAAAGUAAAACAAUUUCUGGACAAAUAUCUUAGUUGUUACUCUAAUCGGGACAUUAGCUGAUCGAAUACAAUAACUAAUGAGUUACAGCACAACAAUACUGUUGUGCAUUUAUGUAAUAAAUUUAAUUAUUUGAUUUUAUUAAUAAAUAAUGAGUAGUGAGUACUAAACUAUCUAUUCAUCGGAAUACGUAAAUUAAUUUUAUAUCUCAGAAUAAGGAAGCACAAAACAGGUAUAUAUAUUUUAAUGUGCAAAAAUAUCUUAGGUAGGUAUUUAUUUGAAUGGCCAUCAUAAUCUUUUUCCAUUAAUCUACUGCCGCAAUGCACGAUACUCAUUUAUUAGAGGGAAGGGUUAUGGCCGUUUUUACCAUACUCUAUGGUUUUUACGGAUGGAAAUUAUUUUGUGGGCGUAGAAAUUAUAAAUAACCCGUUAUCACAAUAAUAUUGUCCAAUCAUUUUUUUUCAAAUUGAUAAACCUCAACAUUGUCCAGACCAUUUGAACUAGUGGUGCAACCUGGAUUUAUAUUAUUCAGGGUGAGGGAGUCAAUGGCGUGACCAGAACAUGACAACAUUUCAAUAUGUUUCCAUGUUUAAAAAUAAAAAACACGUUUUAAUAAAGUUAUAUUACUUAAACACUGAUUUAGGGGGUUAUAAAUUUAAAAAAGUUGUGACUGUUCAUGGGUAGGCUACUGUUACAGGUGGAUAGUUAAAAAGGUAUAGCGUAUAGGAUAUAGGUUACUUAUGGUAUGUUACUCAUGUAUGUACCUAAAUCAUUGAAAACGAAAAAAUUAAUCUCAGUGGGGUAGUACGUAAUAUAGUAUAAUAAUAUUCGUGUUUUUUUCUUUGUUGCAAUUUAGGUAACCCAGAAAUCAACAAACAUCAAACAAUAAAAAAAGACAAUUGGGGUAAACUACUGGAAAUCUUAAUAAAUGUUUCAAAUACUGUAGUACCGAGCAGAAAUUCCGCAUCUGUUGAGAUACUGGGUGAAAACGUUAAAGCAUUUGCAAAAUGAACAAAAAAAUAAUCUUAAAAAGGAAUUUUUUAGGAAAAAAAAAAUUGUAAAUUUUGAAACAAAAGUAUCAUCAAGUGAAAAACAGAGCAUUUUUACUAACCAUACAAGUAUUUUCUUAAAAAACAAAAACAACUUGAUUUUUCAUUAUUUUCUGAAUUGAUAGAAUCUAUAAAAUUAAUUUCAAUAGAUUAGGUUAAUAAUAUACAAAAAAAAAAAAUGCAUAACAUACGUUGCACUGUGGGUAAACCACUGUUGUGACUUGUAGGGAAAUAGUAAAGAUAAAUCAUUGCAAUCAAAAAAUGAUUUUAUGUGGAGCUGGGUAAUUAAAUAACUAAAAAUCUGGUAAUUAUUAAUUCUAAUUUUUAAGAAAUAUUGCUAUUUGAUCUAAGUAAUAAAUAUAAAUUAUUAGGUAUCUAUGUAGGAUUUGCAAAACAAUUUUAAAUUUUAGGUGAAGUUAUAACAUCCUAGUUACACCAAUACAUUAAAUUUUGAUUUUUCAUUUAAUUUCAAUUAAUGGUAAAAAAAAUUUUGUAAUAAAAAUUUUGACUUCAUAAUAAGUUAGCUGUCAAAAUAUCACUAUAUAAUAUAUGCGCUUAUUAUUUAAUGCAAUUUAUGGCUGAUAACGGUGAGAAUUGGUAUUUGAAUGGUAGGUUUAAUAAUUAAUUACAUAAAUAAAUCAAUAAAAAUGGAUGUGUAAUUUUUUUCUGCUAAUAUCACAGUCAUCAAGAUUACGGGAAAAUUCCGUCACAAUGAUUGUCCAUUUAAUUAUUUUUUGGACAUUUACUGCGCGAUAUAAAAACAUUUAUAACUUGUAUAAAUAAUAUGAACAUCCAUAUAGAAUAUUUAUGUACCUACCUAUAAUUUUUAAUUUUUUGAAAAAUCUAAAUUAUAAAUAAAUGUAAUUUCUUACCUUCAUAUUUCAAUAAUAUAAGUUUUACAUAAGGGUAUUAGUAUUUUAAAGAUUUUAGGUUAAAACUGCCUAAUAUGAUUUUUACAUAAUAUUAUAUGAACUUUUUGUUUCACUUUUAAAUGUCAAAUAUAAUGUAGAUUGUAAAAUAUUUACAAUUUAUUAUACAGACCUAAUAACAUUUAAUUUUUGAAUAUAAUAGGUACGUAUCUAGGUGGUUUUUUUCUGUGUGCCUAACCCCUAACCUGUAAUAAAUUGGUUUACUAACCAAAAUUUGAUUUAUGCAGUAAGUAUAAUACACGUAUUAAGUGUAUAAAAUUAAAUAUUCAGAUUUUACUUAUUACUGUAUAAAAAAAAUUAAUUUUUUUUUUAUUAAUUAAUUAAUUAAAUUCAAGUUUUAGCUUUGAUGUAUAGAUCAGAAGUUAUUGUUUUUACAGUAAGGUGCUUUUAUUUAUUUCUUAAUUUAACUAAAAUAUAUAUAAAUGUAUUAACCCUGUUAUCUGGUUAUCAGUUGACUUUCCUGUUUUUUUUCUGUGGGCCUAAACUUCUUGCUCUCAUUACUUUUGACUAAUCUGGUUUUCCAACAGUUUGAUCAUAAAAUUACAGUACAUCAAUAAUAAUAAUUGUAUGAUACCAAUAUCGCCAUUUUAUAUCAAAACAGUUUAUUUCUGGUUUUUUCCUCUGUACCUACCCUUCAUAUUAUAUUAAGUGUAUAUAUAUAUAAAAAAAAAACUAUAAAAGAAGUUGAUUGAUAUUAGUUAAAAAUACUAUAGUCCUUAAUGAAUAUUUAAUAAUUAUAAAUUCUAUAGAAAAACAAAUAUAUACUUAUGUUUUUAGUCAUUUUAGUAAUUUUAUAUGUGUAUAUUAUCAACUCUGGUAAUUAUCAUUUAUUGUAUUGUAUAAUUUGUUUAAAUGUUUAAAUUUCAAUUACAAUACUUAUUGCUAUUGAUUAUGAUUUUUCAUUUAGGGUAUUAAAUUCCAUUAUGUUGAUUGUGGCGAUCCCAAAGGAAGAGUUGUUCUCUUGUUGCAUGGAUUUCCAUCCUGCUGGAUUAGUUGGCAUCAUCAGAUACCUACUUUAUCAAAACAUUUUCGGUAAUUUGUUUGAAUUAUUAUCACUAUACAUUUUUUAUAGAAUAAGUAAUUUUUGAUAUUUUAAAGUCAUAUAAACUAAAGCAUAUAAAAUACAUUAGAAUAUUGUUUAUUUUAUACAAUGUACAAAGUGUUUGUAUUUUUUAAAUAUUUUUUUGCACAUUUUAUGAUAUAAAUUAAACAUAUUAGUUUUAUUUAAUAAAUACCGUGUUACUUUCUACUAACUUAUUAAAAAAAAAAAAAAAAAAAAAACCUUCAGUUAUUGAAAGUGUUAUAACUUAUUUUAAUAAUUCAAAAAAUAAAUGUUGCAAGUUGUUUGGUUUAGUCAUUUUUAAAUAGGUAGAUUAAUAAAAUAUUCUAUGAUGGUACCUAAAUAAUUUUAUUUGAUUGUAUUUAUAUAUUUAAUUAUAUAGAACAUCAUAUUUCAUGAUUUACAAUAAUUAUAGUAAAAUUCAUUGUACUAGGUACCUAAUAAUUAUAUACGUGUAUUGCAAAAUGUUCUUAUCAUACUUAGCAUUGAAAUAAUUACACAUUUAACUUACAAUAGGUAGGCAACUAUUAAAAUUUAAAACAUUGUAAACCUAUUGGUUAUACUAGUGAUUAUACAGACUAUUUUAUAAUCAAUGGUAUAAAUAAUAAGAUAAAAGAAUUUUCAUCCAGAGUAUAAUUAAAAAAUAUACCUACUUGCAAUUUAGUUACAGGUUAAUCAAUUUAUCAAUUCUAAACAAAAUAUAUUUUAAUGCUCAACCAAUUAAAUUAAUUAGUAAUCAGCUAAUAAUAAUUUUAUAUAAAGUAUAAGUAUAGUAGGUAGUAUAAUUUAUUUUGUUUUACUGGUUUAGAAAUAAAUAAAAUAAAAAUAUUGUCAACUGGCAUAGUUUUAAAUGAGUCAUAAUUCAUAAUAUUUUUGUUACGUCUAAUGUUUAACUUGUUAUUAAUUACUAGCUAAAAACAUUUUAGUCCUAAUAUUAAGACUUGCAUGUAUAACACAAAUAUUUGUGUUGUUGUAUUAUUAAACCAAUAAAACAAUUGUGCGUCGAUUUUCAAAAAUUAAAAUGUCUAAUGUAAAAUGAUUACAGUUUUCUUAAUUAAAUUAAUUAAUUAAUUAAAUAUUAUGGCCUUUCAAACAUGUAUAACUGAACUUUGAUCAAAAUCGUUUUUUUGUUAGCAAUUUUUAAUCUAUGCAAACAAAUAUACAUUAAAUCCCCUUGUAUAUCCUACAUUUUCAAUAUCUCACCUACAACAUUGGCUCACCCAUUGUGUGAAAUAUGUCUGUAUUUUUUUUUAUUAACAAAAUUUAAACUUCGAACUUAUAGAAGGAUGAAUCCCGUAGUGGUGUAAUAAUUCAAUAUGGUACUUUAUCUUGUUAACUUAAGUACAAAUAUUUGUGAAAUAUCAAUUUAUUAAUUUAAUGUGUUAUUAACGUUAAUGAACUAAUUUAAAAAAUAAAGUAGUAAAUCAAAUGAAAUGAAUGCACUAUUAUAAGAAAGUCUGAAUAGUAAUAAUAAUAUAAUAUAAUUUAUGAGCUUUAUAAUAAUUUCUAGUAAACAUAAAAUUAUUAAAAAUUACAAUUUUUGCUUCAUGAUUAAUUGAUUUUGAUAAUGAAUUUCAUAAUAGGUAAUGAGAUAAUUAUAGCAAAAAUACUAUUAUUGUGUGUAUUUUAAGUAAAACCCAAUGAGUCAAUCUUCAUUUAAACUUUAAAAAUAGUGUACAAAGUUUAAAAUUAAAAGUGUAAAUAUAAUUUAUGGUUAAAAAUUAUUAUAUUUCAGUGUGAUUGCUGUGGAUCUAAAGGGUUUUGGCGAUUCCGAUAAACCAUCAGCACGUAAAAGUUAUCGAGUGGAAAAUAUAGUCAAUGAACUUGCUAUGUUUCUAUCCUUAUUAGGAGUGGAUGACCAUAAUAAAUGUCACGUAAUCGGUCAUGACUUAGGUGCACUAUUAGGCUGGUACUUGGUACAUUUGUGGCCUAAUUGGGUGUCAAAGUUUGUAACCAUUUCAUGUCCGCACCCAAACGUCCACUGGGAAUACUUACCCACAUCUAGUUUUUUUAACAAAAAGUAAGUUAAUCUGACAAACCUAGAAAAAUAAUUUGUAUGCAGAUGAACCCAAAAAAUUGAACUCUUUGAACUUUGACUAAAACACAUUUCAACUUAAUUUUUGUUGGUUUUUAUGUCAAUUAGUAUUGAGUUUUAAUAAUAAACUUUUUUUUUUAUUGAACCAAUAAACAUUAGCUAUUUAUAUUUAUAUUAGCUUUAAAGACUAUUUGUGUACAUUUACAGAAAAAAUUAAUGAGUGUUAAAAUAUUGUCAUAAAAAUUCAUUUUCCGAAAAAAAAAAAAAGUAUUUAAUGAUAAAUUUGACUGCAAUAUGAAUUUUGGAAGACCCUGCAUACAUAAUUUUUUCAAAAAGGAUAUAUUUUUUACAAUAGAUAGUAAGUUGUACAAAUGACAAAAGAAACAUUAGAUAUUUUUUUGCCAAUAAGAGGUACUUAGUAAAAAGUUGUAUUAAAUUAGUUUUCACAUGUAAAGAGAAUGUGUUUAAUCAGGUUGGUUGGGAAAUAAAGACAUCAAAUAGUUGGAAAAUGGUAAGAGAGUUAGUAAAAUGUAUGUAUAUAAUUAAUGUUUUUUGGGGUAAGUCUAGACUCAAGAGUGCUUAAAGCUGUUUCAUUAUCUGUUCUAUAGGUACUCAUGUAGGUAUUUAUUAUUUACAAUGUUUUAAUUUGUUCAGUAAUUAAUUGUUAUCAUUACAGUUGGAUUUGCUUCAGCCAACUUCCUUAUUUACCAGAAAUGGAUGCUUUACAAAGUGAUCUCAAAAUAAUCAACCAGUGUUAUCAGCACUUAUCCAAAACUAAGCAAAGUGAUGACUUAGAUUACAUUGACGCAUAUAAAUAUACAUUUUCAAGAACAGGUAAUCUUAUGAUUGCAUAAUAAUAUCUAUCAUUAUUUAAUAAUUUUGACUAAAUAGUUUUACAGCAUAUUGACUAAAAAAUGAUAGCAUAUUUGCGUGGGGUAGUUAGGUAAUUUUCAUGAUAUUUCUUUAAACGCUUAUUACACACAGUUGACUUAUCUUACACACUAAAGGACUGUAGUUACAGCAAUCAACAUGAAGUAAUACCUCAAGUACCACUUGCAACAUUUUGAUGUAACUUUGCGGUUUACCAGAAAUAGGUAUAAUUAUAGCCCUUACAAUUAUGAUAGCGCUUAAAGAAAUACCACAAGGAUUACUCACCCUAAAUAAAUACCUUACUUUACCAUAUUAUUUCAUUAUUUCUUUUCUUUUUCUAGAGGAUUGGACAGGUGCUAUUAAUUAUUUUAGAAAUUUACCAUUCUAUCGAAUCGAAUCUCGGUAUAAUAGUACAAAAUCAUUUAAUGAAGAUGAUAUGCUUCAGAUUCCAUGUUUACUCAUAACUGGUAGCAAAGACGAAAGCGUACAAAUGGAGAGUUUUAUCAAGUCCACAGAAUUUUUGAAAACAUCUACUUUAAGGAUAAUUGAUGAUGCUACCCAUUUUCCACAUCAGGAACAACCUCAAAUAGUUAAUGAUCUAUUGACAGCAUUUUUAGGUAAGCUUUAUAAUUUUGUUUCUAAUUUACAGUUAAUUAAAACAUUUUAAUUAAUUGUAUUAAAAUAGUAAAAAAUUAUCCGUUAAAGUGGGUGACUCAUUACUCAUUACUCACUCAUUACUCAGAAAGUAUUAACUUUUUUUCGUUAUUUGUUUUAUAGAAUAUUUAAAAAACAAGCAUCUGUACAAUUUUACAUUUAUGUUAUUUUUUGUCACUCUUAUUUUCAGUGGUGAACCCACUAAAUCUACUUUUGAUUUUCAAAUGACAACCUAUAUGGAGUUGGUUUAAAUGAAUUUUGAUGUUGCAAGUUUUAAUUUCUGUCAACCUGUUGACAGAAUACUCUACUUUUAAGAUACACAGGGAGGAGAGUUGUGGUGCAUCUUUUUUGGGGCAGCAUUAAAAGCAGCAAUUUUAAUAGUGUUGCGUCACUACUCUCCUACUCAAACUUAAAAUUAUGAUAUUGUAUUAAAGGAUUGACGGAAAUCAAAAAUGUCAACACCAAAAUGUAUUUAUCUAUUUAUAAAAUUUUAAUUAUAGGUUGCCAUUUGAAAAUCAAAAGUAGGUAAUAGUUUGUUUUACCCCAAAAAAUUAAGGGUAACAAAAAAUAACAUAAAUGUAAAACUGUGGAGCCACUUGUUUCUUAAAUGUUCUAUAAAACAAAUUUCGAAAAAUUCAAUAUUUUCCAAGAUAAUGAGUAUACCAACUUACACAAAUAACCUUGCUUAGAAUUAUAUUAUAAUUUAAUAAAAUUUUAAAUUAAAGUAAUGUCGAAAAAGUCAUGGUCAAGCCAACAUGUCAAUUAAAACAUAGUUUAUUUGGUUAUUAUUUUUUUCUUUCUUGUCUAGAUCAGCUGAAUUAAAUAAUUUUCCAAAAAAAAAAAUUUAUUAUUUUACAAAUUAAUUACAGAUAACAAUUAUUACCAUAAUAUUUUAACACAAUAAUAUUAUCAUAUGUGUUACUGUUAUUUAGUUCGCACCAAAGUAGUUAAAGAAGUGCCACGUGCGCAGAACUCAGGUUUAGUUGGACGAAUGAAAGAUAUUGUCUCAUCUACUGUUCAGUAUGGAAAUACCUUAAAAGAUUCGAUGCAAAGAAGAACUCUUUUACCAAUCACGACAAAUACAUCAUAAUAAUAAUAGAUGAACUGGACGUUAAAUAGAUACAUUUUUACAUUUAAAAUAUUGUGGUUUUUAUUAAAUUUAAAUGUAUAUAUUAUCUUCUAUAUAUAUAAAUAAAAAAAAAAACAUAUUGUCAAUUAUAAAAAUUUUGAUGUAUGAUAAUUUUAAAUCUUAAUGGUAAAAUGUAUUUAAACAACGAUUGUCAAAAUAAGAUGUGGUUUUUAAAACUUGAUCGUUGCAUGGUGAAUAAAAUUAAUU